GUUAGGGAGGAUGAGAUUAGGGAUACGUGAAUGAGAAUAUGGAAAGCAGCGCUGCCUCUUCCAGCCCCUGACGCCGCCUACCCGGACACCGGCGCUGGUGUGACUGGACACCAGACUGCAUUCCUCUGUAACACGUGUGGUUGGCACAUGGGCUGUGUGCAUGAUCUCACAUAUCUGCUGCACCGUGCUGCUGCUGCAUUCCAUAGCGAGCCGCGGACACACCGCACAGCUGUACAAACACAACCUACUGCAGCCGCUCACGGUAUUGCGCUGUAGCGGGACAUAUCAGUGCGCUAGGCGCAAAAUGGAGGCGCAGCUAGCUGAGCGCGUAGCGGAAGCAUAAUGGAAGCUGCUGCUGUGUCUUGCAGAGAGAAGACCGGGCAUUGCGGAGGCAGGCGGCAAGAGCGACCCCCCGCCACAAACCCAACACACCUUCCAGACAUGAAAGUCUAUAAAGAGAUAAUUAGAUAUGAAUAUGCGCCACUGUCAGCAAGGCAUCAUGACAGAGGGACCACUGAACCAAUCAGCUACUUUUACUCAAACCUGGAGGAGCUACUCUCUUGGAAACCAACCAGCCAAGACAUGUUUAAUAUUGCUGUGACACCUCUUGCCAAAAGGCAUCCACCUAUUGAGAACCAGAGACCCAAGACUCUUGUCUGCCAUGACAUGAUGGGCGGGUACCUAGAAGACAGGUUUAUCCAGGGAUCUGACUCUAAGGACCCAUAUGUGUUUUACCAUUGGCAAUACAUUGAUAUAUUUGUAUACUUUAGCCAUCGAAUGUUCACCCUACCUCCUGUGUGCUGGACAAAUGCUGCUCACAAACAUGGGGUAUGCAUCCUAGGGACCUUUAUCUCCGAAUGGGAAGAUGGCGCAAAGGUUUGCGAGUCGUUUUUGGGAGGUGACGAAUCUACAUAUAAAGUAGUCGCAGAUCAGAUGGUUUCCCUGGCACAAUUCUUUCACUUUGAUGGAUGGUUGGUGAACAUUGAAAAUGUACUUAGUCCGCUUGCAGUGUCCCGCGUCCCCUUGUUCCUCUCCUAUUUAACAGAAAGGUUGCAUUCACAAGUCCCGGGUGGCCAGAUCCUUUGGUAUGACAGUGUGGUCCACAGUGGAGAGUUGCGAUGGCAGAAUGAACUUAAUGAUGAGAAUAGACAGUUUUUUAAUGCAUGUGAUGGAAUAUUCACAAACUACAAUUGGAAAGAGGAGCACUUGCAGCGAAUGUCAGUAGAGCCACGUAGGACAGAUAUUUAUGUUGGAGUGGACAUCUUCGCUCGGGGAGACGUUGUGGGGGGAAAGUUUGAAACCUUCAAGUCAUUGCAGAUGAUCCGGCAGUAUGGCUUCUCUGUUGCUCUUUUUGCUCCUGGCUGGGUGUAUGAGUGUUUCAACAAGGAGCAAUUCCUGGAGAAUCAACACAGGUUCUGGUCUCUCUUGGAGAAUCACAUGUUCAUUCACAGCCUCUGCACCCUCCCUAUAUGCACCUCUUUCUGUCUAGGUCGCGGGGAAAAGAGAUUUUCCUAUGGAAAGGUAGAAGAUAUUGGUCCUUGGUUCAACUUGAGUGCUCAGGAGCUACAGCCUCUCUUAUCUGAUGUAGCCUUUGGUGAAGAUGUCAGUUAUGUGCGAUCCCGGAUAUGCCCACAGAAUGCCUGGCAUGGAGGCAAUUCCCUACUCAUUGAAGGAAAAUUAUCAGCAGACAUUAAUGGAGUAUCUUUAAGGUUGUUUCCUCUACAUGUUCCAGCUCCGGAUAAACUCAUGCUGUCCAUGGUCUAUAAGUUGGAGGGUUCACCCAAUGUUGCGGUGUCAUUGGAGCUGUCUACACAAGAUUCCCCAUUAUGUAACGUGGAGAGUGUCACCGAAUUAACUGAGCCAGGUCAGAUACACUCCCUGGAGUCCCUUGCAGAACCCCCAGUCCUUUUACUUGCAGAUCAGCAGCAUGACAGUACCCUUGGAUGGGUUAAAAGGUAUUAUGAGGUACAUCUUAGCGGGUGUCUCCUGACCAAUUUGUCUGUACACUUUUCCAACACCUUGCCCAACGAAGAAGAGGAGAGCUUUGUAUGCCGCAUUGGAGAAAUAAGGAUCCUGGAUGUUUCCCUACCUCCAUCCAAUCCUGAACAGCCGUCUGACCUAUCUCUUUCUCAUAUCCACUGGCGAAGAGAUCCACAGAGCAAUCAGUUGUUUGUCAGCCUAACUCUUCGCUGGAGCCAUACUAUGGACAGAAUUAGACACUUUCGUAUAUACUGCCUUGGGGUAACCUGCCAUAGAGCUCCAGCUUCCCAGCCGCACCUUCUUGGAUUGGCACAUGCUCGCAUAUACCGUGUGGUUGACCUGGCUGUGCCAGAUCCAUGCAAACCUUCUCCAGGCAGGCUGGAAUUUGCAGUUCAGCCAGUUAAUAAGGAUGUUGCUGAAAUCCUACCUAUUGUAUGGGGAAACUUGGUGCUGGAAUUUGUGGAGCAGACGCACACUGAGGUGUGAAAAAUGUGCAUUUGGCUAUGCCAUGGAGAUGGGCUGGUGGUGGUCUGCCUGGCUUCUGUCCAGCAUUAAGAAAAUGGGCGUUUUAUGUACGUCACACUCAGCCACCCAUAUUUGUUGAAUUCAGUUUUAAGUAGAAAGGAUCAGAAAUAACAAGAAAUUAUGUCAAAGCAAAGUAAGAUAUAUGGGGAAUAUUAUAAAUAAUACAAAUACUAACAAUGAGUUAUGAUUGUUAAUCAACUACAGAAGACAAUGUAAACCUAAUAUUUUAGGAAAGGUUUGAGGUUGUCAAUACUAGUUUUUUACAAUCAAUUGCAGCUGACCUCUCACAUCUGAAGCUUAUGAUAUAAAGAUAAAUACAUAUCUAUAUAAUGUUGGCAAUCUGUAGCACGUAUGACUGAUGAAAGCAAAACCUUUCCUUCUCCUAAUCGUUUACACAUUUGCUAUAUGUUGUGCCAUUAUUGUGUGAUUAGAGGAGAUGUAAAUUAGUAAUGUCACUUAUCUAACAAAGUAUAACACAGAAAAUGACUCAGAAUUAGUUCACUCUUAGUAUGUGCAAAGGGGGAAAAAUAUGAAGGAAAUUAAAAAAUGAAAGCAGAUCAAGGGGGAGAAUUUUAAGUACCUGCAGUAAAUUAGUGCAUCUGAAAUGGAGAGGUAGCCUUGGGCUUUAAAAUCCGAAGCUAUUUAGUUGCACGCCUCGUACCCCGGACAGCCAAUAACCUUUACAGUAGAAUCCGUGUAAAGUUCACAGAUUUGGUAGGUUAACAGGUUCGCGGCACCCGUUAUCCCACUGUUUUUAGGGAUUUUUUUUUUUUUAAAUAUUCCCUGAUAACUCCUGGCUGCGGGGGAACAAUUAGCCUGCAGUAAUCUACUAAUCGCUUAUUGAAUUCCAUCCUAAAUGUAUAUAUUCUUUUAUUUAUUUUUUUGUCUAUCUGAUGUGCAGGUGACCAGUCAAUUUCUGUAGCGACUUCAGUUGAGAGAUUUCAAUUAUUCUUGUAGAGGUGCAAUGUCCUAUAUAUUAUUUUAAGUGUUAUACAUAAUUAGCCAUCAUUAAUCUUUAUUAAAGUUGUGCAUUUUAGUUUGGUUACACUUUGUUUUUUGUUGUGUGUUUUUUUUUCUUUCUUUCAAAUAAAGAAAGACUUUAUUAAAUAAA